GAAAGAAAGAUGGUAGUGAAGCGCACGCAAUACCCAUUUCCCGCUUCGAACUUAACUCCCCAAGUAGCAGCUCCUACCAAAACCCUCUCCAUUCCAUUUCCUCCAAUACCACAAAUCGUUAGGGUUUCGUUUUUCUCUCUGAAAAAUGGUUACCUGUAAUUCCCUUUCCCUCUUCUAUGGCAGACAUCGUCUUCACCCUACAAGGACGCGUUCCUCUUGUUACUCUUUUCCCUCCAAUGCUCUCCCAAUUUAUAUUGUUCUGUUUCGAGUAGAUAUUGAUGUAGCCAAAGUACUGCAAAAAAGAUCAAGAAGAAUAGAAGGUCCUAAAAAAAGCAUGGAGGACUCUGUUCAACGCAAGAUGGAGCAAUUUUACGAAGGAUCAGAUGGGCCACCCCUUCGUGUUCUUCCUAUUGGCGGGUUGGGUGAAAUUGGAAUGAAUUGCAUGCUUCUGGGGAACUAUGAUCGAUAUAUCCUCAUUGACGCCGGAGUCAUGUUCCCAGACUAUGAUGAGCUUGGGGUCCAAAAGAUAAUACCUGACACAACAUUUAUAAAAAAAUGGAGCCACAAAAUUGAAGCAGUAGUUAUAACACACGGUCAUGAAGAUCAUAUUGGUGCAUUGCCUUGGGUCAUCCCAGUGUUGGAUUCUCAAACACCAAUUUUUGCAUCGUCGUUUACAAUGGAGCUUAUAAGAAAACGUUUGAAGGAUCAUGGUAUUUUUGUUCCAUCCCAACUAAAAGUAUUUAGAACAAGGAAGAAGUUUGUAGCUGGGCCAUUUGAGAUAGAGCCUAUCAGAGUGAGCCAUUCUAUUCCGGAUUGCUGUGGAUUAGUUCUUCGCUGCUCUGAUGGUACUAUUCUUCAUACUGGGGAUUGGAAGAUCGAUGAAACACCAUUAGAUGGGAAAUUUUUCGACCGUGAAGCUCUAGAGGAACUCUCUAAAGAAGGAGUCACAUUGAUGAUGAGUGAUUCAACAAAUGUACAAUCACCUGGAAGGACAAUGAGCGAGUCUGUCGUUGCUGAUGCAUUAUUGAGGCAUAUUUCAGCUGCCAAAGGAAGGGUUAUAACAACCCAGUUUUCAUCUAAUAUUAAUCGUCUUGGAAGUGUAAAAGCUGCUGCUGAUUUGACUGGCAGAAAGUUGGUGUUUUCUGGCAUGUCUUUAAGGACAUAUUUGGAUGCAGCAUGGAAGGAUGGAAAGUCUCCAAUUGAUCCAUCCACUUUGGUGAAAGUAGAGGAUAUUGAUGCUUAUGCGCCUAAGGAUUUGCUGAUCAUGACUACGGGUUCUCAAGCAGAACCGCGUGCUGCUUUAAAUCUUGCAUCUUACGGAAGUAGUCAUGCUUUGAAACUGACAAAGGAAGACGUUCUGUUGUAUUCUGCUAAGAUUAUCCCCGGCAACGAGUCUCGUGUUAUGGAUAUGCUAAACCGAAUAUCAGAGAUUGGAUCAACAAUAGUCAUGGGGAAGAAGGAAUGUCUACACACAUCUGGUCAUGGGUAUCGUGGUGAAUUGGAGGAAGUGCUCAGAAUUGUGAGGCCACAGCAUUUUCUUCCCAUACAUGGAGAACUCUUGUUCUUAAAGGAGCAUGAGUUACUUGGAAAAUCAACUGGCAUUCAACACACUGCUGUUAUUAUGAAUGGAGAGAUGCUUGGCGUUUCACAUUUGAGAAACAGAAAAGUCCUUUCUAAUGGAUUUAUUGCCCUUGGAAAAGAGAAUUUGCAGUUGAAGUAUAGUGACGGUGACAAAGCAUUUGGUUCAUCAAGCGAACUGUUCAUUGAUGAAAGAUUGAGAAUUGCAUUAGACGGCAUCAUUGUCGUUAGCAUGGAAGUAUGUCGCCCUCACAGUUUAGACAGUUCGGUUGAAAACACCUUAAAAGGAAAGAUAAGAAUUACCACAAGAUGCCUAUGGCUUGACAAAGGGAAGCUGUUGGACGCACUGAAUAAAGCCGCUCAUGCUGCUCUUUCAAGCUGCCCUGUUAACAGCCCACUGGCUCACAUGGAAAAAACUGUAUCUGAGAUGUUAAGGAAAAUGGUGAGGAAGUAUAGUGGCAAACGGCCUGAUGUUAUUGCAGUUGCUAUAGAAAAUCCUGCAGCUGUUCUCGCUACUGAGAUAAACACAAGGUUAUCUGGAAAGUCCCAUGUAGGUGGGAUAUCAACUUUUAGAAACGCGGUGCAUCGACACGAGAGAGAAAAUCAAUCCACCAAAACGCAAAUUAGAGGGAUGAUUGAGGAUGAUAAUGAUGCUGAAGGUCUUCUACCUAAGGAAGAUGCCACUACCUCAAAUAGAGCUGCGAGUAAUUUGUCUGAAACAGAGAAUGGUCCUGAAGAUGCUGAAAUCAAACCAGUGAAGAGAAACAAAUGGAAAGAGGAGGAAGUUAAGAAGUUGAUUGGUGUGCGCAGGGAAUUUGAGGACACAUUUCAAUUAGUGAAGGGAAAUAAUGUCUUCUGGGAAGAAAUAUCCAAGAACUUGUUGGCUUAUGGUAUCAACAAAAAUCCUAGGCAGUGUAGAUCUAUGUGGACAUCUCUGUUACAGAAAUAUGAGGAGAUUAAAAAUGAGAACAGAGAGGAAAGAUGGCUAUAUCUGGAAGACAUGGAAAAGGUUCUGUCUGAUAUUGAGGCACCAGCAAAAAUAUGACCGGGAGUUUGAUGAAUAAGACCAGCUAAAUUUGCAAAAGCUUUCUGCAUCAUGCUUGAUAAUAUAAAUUUGAGCAUGGUUGGAGGUGGGAAGAUAAAGAUAAUCCAUCAGUCGCAUGAUUAUUGCAUCAUGGAUCUGUGAGAUUGAAAGUCCCUAGUUUUGUUAGAAGAUAGGCAGAAUCAAAAGGGAUUUCCAUUCAAGCUAACAAUAGUUAAUGAAGGAUGAGUAUGCCAGUUUAGGAGAUGAUUAUCCCCCUACUCAAAUGGUUGCUCUCAAACCAAAUGACAUUGAUAUAAAAAAAGUUUUACUGUAGAAUUGAUACUAAUUUUGAAGGAGUCCAACAUAAAUUUAUUCCAUUAACUGUCCGAAUUAGUUUCAUUAUUUUUAUUAGUGGUAUGUGUUUGGGCGUCAUAAAUCAAUUGUUGAAAUCUAAAUCUUGGUCACAUACAACAGUAAAAUUAAUGUGAAGGUCUAGAUGUUUCUA